CUAAUGUGGAGAGAAAGAAAGCAGCUGUAGGCGGACAGUGAUGAAAUUCUAUUAUCACUCAAGCACUGAAAGAGUUUCGGGCAAGACGCAGAGUUUGAGCUCGGACCUGUUUGCAUUUUAGGACAAACAAGUCAUUUCAGAACGCGUUGACUGCCGUUGGUCAUCUACAAGUAGUUGUUCCUUACAGUUUUGGUCAGUUUUCUUUAGCUUUUUAGACUUAUGUGUCCAUAAAACAAGUGCGUAAAAGUUUAAAUUAGGCGGUCACUGAAAGUAAGUGGAUUUGAUUUUAAGUCCGUUUGUAGUUGACGGUGAUACUUUAGUAUCACCUCCCGUCUUUUUGAUCAGCUAUGUACAGCAUGCUGGAACACGACAUGAAGUCGUCCGUGCCGCCGACGCAUCAGAGCGCGCAGGGAAUGACCCAGCUGAACGGCGGAGUUACGCACGGGGUGACUCAUGGAGCCGCCAAACCGGGUGUCAACAACCAACAACAGAGCGUCGAUCCUAUGGACAAAGUUAAGCGGCCCAUGAACGCUUUUAUGGUCUGGUCUCGGGGUCAGAGGCGCAAGAUGGCACAGGAAAACCCUAAAAUGCACAACUCCGAGAUCAGCAAGCGCCUGGGCGCGGAGUGGAAGCUGUUGACCGACGCAGAGAAACGGCCGUUUAUUGACGAGGCCAAGCGACUUCGUGCACUGCACAUGAAGGAGUACCCAGAUUAUAAAUACAAGCCCCGUCGUAAAACGAAACCGGUUCUGAAGAAGGACAACCCGGCUGCUAAGUAUCCUCUAUCGGCCGGCAACUUGUUGGCGGCGGCCGCUGCGCAAGGAUCGGGAGGCAGUCCGCGGAUGGAUAGCUACGGCUGGGGUCACACAGGUGGCUAUGCUGGGAUGCAGACUGAUGCCCUGAGUUACAGUCAGCAGCUGCACCGCUAUGAUUUGUCUGCCCUGCAGUAUCCGUCUGCCAUGGCCACGGCACAAACAUACAUGAAUGGCGCAAACUCCUACAACCCCAUGUCUUACAGCAGCUCUCCACAGAAUCCCAGCCCGGUCAUGUCCAUGGUGAAACCAGACCAAGUGUCCCACUCACCCACCGGAACCCACAGCCACCAGCGGGGUCCUUUACAAGGCGACCUGAGGGACAUGAUUAGCAUGUAUAUCCCGGGUGGAGACACUACAGACAGUGGAGCACAGAGAGGUUACUCCAACAUCCAACAGCAUUACCUCACUGGCACAGCACCUCUCACUCACAUCUGAUCAGGAACUGUUGUUAUGUUCCUGUAUCGAGUUCGGAGGCUUGUCGUGGGCCAUCGAUGUGGGCUCACAUGACUCGAUGUGCUAUAGAUGUAUGAACAUUAACGGUCAGCUUGAAAGGUAAAAAAGGAUGAGGGUGUGCGGACACGGUCGAAAUGGAAGACCCGUGGUAGCUGGACUUGUUAAAGUGCCUGAACAUUGUGUGAAAUGUGUUUCACCCAAAGGUCCAUGUUUUUGAUUUCUAUACAGUGGUAGAUAACGGUGGUCUUAACUGUGGCCUGGUGCACUGUUGUGAAAUUGCUAGUUGAGUAAAAACAUGGCAGAUUUGACUUUCUGUAAUCGACUGGUCACUGGUUUUAGCUAACCACCUGACUGGUUGAUUACUGGUUAUUUGCAUAGUUAAAACCUUAUGCCAGCUAGUUAAUAUUUCAUUGAUUACUGAUUUCAAAGGCAUGACUGUAAACACUACAUAGUGCAAGAGGGGAAGAAGCUGAGCACAUGUUCCCUUGGUCGCUGCUUAUCCUCAUCAUCUAAACACCUCAGAACGAAUCACCCACAUUUUACUUUUAAGAUUUCAUACCAUAAGACUCAUUUGACUCAUUGUGCUGCUCUGCAUUUUUUAGUUAACGCGAACAUUUUAAAUGCACAACGGUGUAGACAUUUUUGUUUUUCUACGUUAGUAUAGAUAUAUUGUGCCCUGAGUUCCAACAGAUUUUUGUUGCAUUAAAAAAAUGAAAAUGAAAUAUAGAUCCUGCUUAGAGGGAUUGGUCUGUAUUUUCUAUUAAAAAAAAGAACAAAUAAUUCUCAACUCCCUUGAGAAAUAGAACAUUGUAAAUAAGUGUUGUGUAAAAAGGAGGGAGUCAAAACGUUUCGAAUGAUGUUCAUUAAAACUAUGAGCUUGUUAAAACACUGUGUUUGACUAAGAAUGUAUUGUUGUGAAAUGUUUUCUCUUUUACUUUAAAGCCCUUAUAGUAAGGGUUAAUAAUCUUGUAUGUGACUCGGCAACCUUGUUAGAAAAAACAACAAAAAUGUAAUAAAGUAUUUUAUUAUUUUUGUACACUUGUCUUUUUUCUUUCUUACAGAAUCUGAAAAUUCAUAUGCAACUGAACUUUAAAAUAAAUGAAAAUGUUAUGACACUAUUGUCUCAGCAUGCUUUGGCAGACAAUACAUAGGCAAUACGAAUAGAAAAAAAUCAAAAUGUAUAGCUUAAUUUAUUUUUAAAAGUUUGUGGGCUGAUGCUAAAAGUUUAAGGAAAAUAUUAUGAAGAAUAUUUUGGUUAAUUAUUCAACUACACAAGUUCUUUUCCACUGGCAUACAUAAAUAUUGUACAGAACAUGUAUUUGUUUACAUGAAAAACAAAGCCAUUAAAACACUUUAGCAGCAAUUUCUAUUUAGAUUUAAAUAGAAAGAAAUUGCAAAUAAAGUAAGGCUCAAGUUUGUUAUAUGUAAUGAUAAGAUGACAGGUGUUACUUUACUACGUCGCCACAACCUACACACUUUCACGCAUUAGAGGAUAAUGUGAUAAGUGUACACGCCAACAACACCGCCCAACCCAAACACAUCGACCUUUAUUGCGAAAUUACUAAAACGACCGUUCCCCCUCGAUAUUUCAUCAAACCACACUGAAAAUUGAUUCUCUCCAUACGGCAAAUAAACACUUGUCCGUUUAAAUCCGACCAGCCUCUUUUAAUUCAUCGUUAAUACGAUAGCGGCUUACGGUCCCGAUAUUAACGCAUUUAAGUCGAUAUACUCAUAUUAUAAUUAGCUAAAACGCACCAAAUUAAGCAAGUAAAGGGGACAAUGCGCGUAGAUGACACUGGUUUGGGAGGGACGGGGUCUCGGCGAGUGCUGAUGGGACAUCUGACCUCCGUCACCUAACUUCUGGAAGAAAGUGGACAUCGAUUAAAACUGAUAAAAGUUAGGAGGAUCAAAACACAGAGGUCGGAAGAAUAUCCCUCCCUUUUCUCUCUUUUUUAUACUUUGCCCGCUUUUUUCCAGGAGAGAAAGCGAGUGGCUGUCCGGGCCGUAAUUGGCCGUUUCGGAGUCUCAUUGUCCUGCGCUUUUGAGCACGCAGGUGCGCGCAGUAAAAGCGCGCAGUUCUCAGCGCCUCUUGUGCUCGCCUUUGUUCUCCAUUCUCUCGCUCUCCCACCGGGCAGAAAAUUAGCGUUGCAUUGAGUGCCUCGUCUCCCCUCUCUCAGCAGUCCCGAGCUUAACCCGCUCGCUGCUCCCCGCUAUUCUCAUGGUAAUAGUGCAGUCAGGACCGGCUAAUCGGGGGUGGAGGGGAGGGGAGCAAUGGGGGAGAUGGCGAGGAAGAGUUUUGAAAGGGGGAUGGGAGUUAUAAACACGCAUAUGACCGCAAAUAUAGUCCUAGCUGGACCCAUAAACUCGAUUGCAGGAAGUCGU